GGGCGCUGUGCGGUCCGCUAAACACUUCUGCCGCGCGAUUCUGUGUUUAGUGAGUGCUUCUACAUCUGUGUGUCGUGAGACUCCUCCGAUUUGUCCAAGGCAAUCCGUGUAAGUAGCAUAUUCAAGCGAAUGUCAUCGCAGUUCUUUCGUGUCAUUGGUGGGAUAAAGCGAGUUUAUAGAUAUCAGAAUUGUCAUUAGUAUUGAUGACAAGAAGUGCAUUUUUGGAAGCUUUUGGGCAAAAGCCAAGAAUGCAAAACUAACUGUUACCGCUCAGCCUGGACUUGGGUUCUCGCGGGGAUGCGCCCUCGUUGAGAGCCGCGCUUUCAUGAACUGCGUCCAUUCACAAUUCCAACACGCGAAACAAAACUUUAAACCACGAUUUCGCAGCCGUCGUCUUUCUGAUUCAAUUUCUCGAGAACCACAGGCUCGAAAAUCUACACUGCACUAUCGCUAGCGAUGUUGCUGCUGCUGCUGCUACCGUUGCUGGAAAUGAAGAUGACGAUGAAGACAACCAUGAAGAUGCUUCUGCUGCUCAUCUGCGCUCCAUCCACAUCUCUCGCGCGGGACCCCGUGUGCCAGGAGAUCACGGUACCCAUGUGCAGAGGCAUCGGCUACAACCACACGUACAUGCCCAACGACUUUCGCCACGACUCGCAGGAGGAGGCCGGCCUCGAGGUGCACCAGUUCUGGCCGCUCGUCGAAAUCCACUGCUCGCCGGACCUGCGCUUCUUCCUGUGCAGCAUGUACACUCCGAUCUGCCUGGAGGACUACAAGCAGCCGCUGCCCCCGUGCCGCUCGGUGUGCGAGAGGGCCCGCGCCGGCUGCGCGCCGCUCAUGCGCCAGUACGGGUUCGCGUGGCCCGACCGCAUGCGCUGCGACCGCCUGCCCGAGCAAGGCUCACCCGACAGCCUCUGCAUGGACCACAACCGCAACGACGCGGGGCAUCCCCCGGGGGCGCCUGCGGGCCAAGGCGACGGUGGCAUCCCCUCCUCCGACGUGACCGAAAGGCAGGUGCCGCCCAGAGACGGGGGAAGGCAGCCAGGUGCGGCAGGAGGAGGAGGAGGUAGGGGCAGAGUGAUCGGGGGCAGCGCGGAGUGCGAGCCGAUCUGCGGCUGCAGGGCUCCCCUGGUGCGCAUCUCGAGCCCUCGCCACGUCCUCUACGACCGCGUGCGCACGGGGCAGGUGCGCAAUUGCGCGACGCCCUGCCACUCGCCGUUCCUCGGGCGGGAGCAGCGCACGUUCGCGUCCUUCUGGAUCGGGCUGUGGUCGUCGCUGUGCUUCGUGGCCACGUUCGCCACCGUGAGCACGUUCCUCAUUGACAUGGAGCGCUUCAAGUACCCGGAGCGGCCCAUCAUCUUCCUGUCGCUGUGCUGCAUGCUGGCGUCGCUCGGCUACAUCGUGCGGAUGGUGGCGGGCCACGAGGCGGUGGCGUGCAGCGCGGACUGGCACCACGUCCUCUACUGCGACUCCGGACCUGCGCUCUGCACUGCCGUCUUCCUGCUCACUUACUUCUUCGGAAUGGCUGGCUGCGUGUGGUGGGUCAUCCUGUCCCUCACCUGGUUCAUGGCCGCGGGAUUGAAGUGGGGCAGCGAGGCCAUAGCCGGCUACUCGCAGUAUUAUCACCUGGCCGCCUGGCUCCUGCCAAGCAUUAAAGCCAUCGCCGCGCUGGCGAUGAACGCCGUGGAUGGGGACCCCGUGGCCGGGAUCUGCUCCGUGGGCAACCAGAGCCUGGACAACCUCCGCGGCUUCGUGCUGGCUCCACUGGUCGCUUACCUGCUGAUGGGCACGGCGUUCCUGCUGGCGGGGUUGGUGGCGCUCUUUCGGAUCCGCAACGCCAUCAAACAGCAGCAGCAGCAGAUGCAGCAGGUGCAGCAGCUGACGCAACAGCAGCAGCUGAUGCAGAGCAGCGCGAAUCCCGGAGGCGCCAAGACGGAGAAACUGGAGCGGCUCAUGGUCCGCAUCGGGGUAUUCGCUGUGCUCUACACGGUGCCCGCGGCCGUGGCGGUUGUGUGCAACCUGUACGAGCAGCAGCACCGCGACAGCUGGGAGCGAACCCUGGUAUGCGGUGGCGGUGUCGGCGGCGAUGGUGGCUUCUCCGUGGAUCCCAGUGCGUGUGGACCUGGGUCAGGUCACCUGCCCGAACCGGGUGCCCGGCCAGACUUUGCGGUGUUCAUGCUCAAGUACUUUGUGUGCCUGGUGGGUGGCAUCACGUCGGGUGCAUGGAUCUGGUCGGGCAAGACGGCCGGGUCAUGGAAGAGGUUUUACAAGAGGUGCCGGGCUUGGCGCUCAGGGAAGAGGCACAGGUCCCCGAUCGGAGCCGGAAGAGGGUCUGGAUCGUACCCGAAGCAGCUGCCCUUUUCCCACGUGUAGGACACAUGGGCCAGCCGAUGGUGAGGGAGCCUCGACGUAUUGGUCAAUUAGAGGGAUCUUCAAGAGGACACUUAUAGGUGACCUCAAUAAUGAUCAAUACACUAAUUGAAACAAUGCUGGAGAAUACCCAUAGGAAGUUAGAAACACAGACACCCCAAUAUUCAGUCCAAUUAUUCAUGCAAAAUUGUAGGCAAUGCUUCGUACUCUUAAGGGGACCAAAUCGGAAUAAGAGUCAAAUAGUUUUUCUUCUCAAACAAACAUUGGGUUAUGCACGUCUCAAUUCGUGACCCUGAGCCAACAGCGAACAUUACACAUUCCCAUGUUUUUAUAUAUAACUGCUUUUGAUUUCCUAUGAAGUGGUGUUUAUUUUUUAUUAUCCUUUGAAGGAUUAAGGGCUGAUUUGGCUCUCCAUAAACAUAAUUUAAACUCGUAAUUUUCCAUCGUUCAAGUACUGUGAUAAUGAUGCAACUUCGCCGAUUGUUACAAUUACAAAGGAACCUCCAUUAUGAACCUGAUAACCCAAUACUAUAGUCAAUGUAUACGGGAUGUCACCACUGCUUUACUGCUGUAACACAUUCGAUAUUCUCAUCUACAUUAAUGGCCCUAAACCAGUGGUGGAAAUUCCGCAUUCUUAUGGCAGAGGGAACCAUAUUUCAUACCUGCAACUCCCUAUUGAUUUCAUUCUACAGUGCUUAUUUUGUGGCGAUAAUGGCACCUAGUAUAUGACUGUGGAAUUUUUUACCACUGGCUUAAGACCUGCAACAAAUACAGGUGCCAUCUAACUCUCCAACAUCCAAAUCGUCAAUUCAUCAGAUUCACACACGUCAAUCCAAAAAUGGAAUCUACUUUGUGGGAAGCUGGUUGAAGUAUGGAACAUUUGCCCCUGUGACAAAAAUGUGAGAUUUACACUCGUGGCUUAGGGCCACCAGUGGUGAUGCACACUGCCCUGCUUCUGUCUUGAGCAGGGAUACAAAUUGGACUGAAGUAAUUAUGUAGUGCUCACAGAAUGCACAACAACAUGGAAGCUCUCACUGGAAGAAAUUAAGGACGGCAAUCAACCGUUCAAUCGUACCUGGCAAUGCAAAGGCACCUCACAUUUUUCAAGUAUAAUUGAUUAAUUCAUGCCUCCGUGUUGUCCCUUAUGUGAAUACUGUAUAGUGAAUGAAUGAAGUAGAGGGUACAGUUCAUACGUUUGUUUUCUCAUUCUCGCAGCAGUUGGUAAUUAUUAAAUCUACUGUCAAUGAAGAGAAUAACUCUUGGAUACCUUAAGUCACUUAAAGAGAUUCUGAUAUUGUACAAACCUUAGGCUGCUGUGCAUUCAUUAUUGUUGCUGUUGUUAUAUAUGUAUGCCAAUUACCAUUGAGAAGUAUAUGCUGUGUAAAUAAUGUACAGCUACUAUGUAUUUAGGAACACGUGUUUACAUAUGUAUGAUUGUUGAUGCAUUCCAGUGAAAAUACACCAAUUAAUUUAUAUGCUAUUUUACCAACGCUUCACUUGCUAAGUUGAUACUUGUUGAAAUAUAUAUUUUUCAAAUUGAA